CUCGCGCGACGCCCGGCGCGGUCCGCAGCGGCCCAAGGCGCGGGCGGGUGCUCACUUAGGCUGAGGCCCGAGCCCGCUAGCGAGAGAACCACACUGCAUUUUAUUUCGUUCGUGGUUUUUGCAUAGGCCGAAAUUUUAUUGUUGUGUCAAACUCGGGACCUUCGCGAAAAGGACCCACUUAUUUUUUUCGUUCCAAAAUGGCAGCCUCCAGCCGCGCACAAGUGUUAGAUCUGUACCGGGCGAUGCUGAGAGAGAGCAAGCAUUUCAGCGCCUACAACUACAGAACUUACGCUAUCAGGAGGAUAAGAGAUGCCUUCAGAGAAAAUAAGAAUGUACAAGAUCCUGUAGAAAUUCAGACUCUAGUGAAUAAAGCCAAAAGAGACCUGGGAAUGAUUCGUCGACAGGUUCACAUUGGCCAACUGUAUUCUACUAACAAGCUUAUCAUUGAGAGUCAAGAGAAGCCCAAAACCUAAGGACCACACCACCAGCCACCACCAGCAACCGUGGACCACCUUCAGCAUCCAUUCUGUGCUUGCGACACGGGCUCCCAACAGACUAUGAGUGGCCUCCUGCAACAGCUUGCCCUGUAGGAACUGAUACAUUCAGUGCGGUUUCCAUUCUCCUGCAGCCUUAGUGGGAAAGGGUCGCUCUGUCCUUGGUUCAAAUGUUAGAAUGAAGAGCUGGAGCUCACUCAAAAUAAUGCUGCAUAUUAUUGGGUCUCCUCUCCACCCGCCCGUCUGUGGUAGCUUCAUCGCUUGUAUAGAGCAUCUCCAGACGUUGUUUCUUGGUCCUUGACAAUAAACAGAAUCAUCUUCCUAAG